AUGGCCCGCCAAAAUUCUUUGGAUUCCGAGCGCCCCAUCAUGGCCCAUUCGAACCGCAACUCCAAGCGAUUCUCAACUGUCAGCGGCAGUCCCUCGCUCGCCUCCGACCUUCCCAGUGGUGAUCCCCGAAUUGCCGACAUCUCCCACCUCCACGAUGGGUUUGAGCGCCUCGAGAACAAGCCGCUCACCAAGCAGCGAUUUGUGCCCACCGCCGAGAAGUCCGACAACCUGAACAAGCUCGCUCUCGGCGCAAAGGUCGAGCGCGCUCUCGGUCGCAGAAUGACCGGCCAGGACGCUGUCAUGCGCAAGCCUCUCUCUGAGAAGACCGAGGGAACAACCUCACCUUGA